AUGGCAAAAGCAGAUGUGAAUGUAAGAGAAUUGCAGGGAUAUUAUAUUAAGAUUGAAGAUGAAGCUGGCAUGUAUAGGCCACUAAUAACUGAAAUAACUGAAUGGCCAGAACUUCAUUUUGACAGUGACACUGACACCCCAUUCUGUUAUCCAAAAGUCAAGAGAACGCCAUUUUCUACCAAACAGUGGAGAAAAAGAAAGCUAUGUGAACUGUGUAACAAAUAUUAUAGUGUUGUUGAACAUCAUGUGAAUGGACCUGAGCAUCAAGCUAAUGCAAGAAAUGACAAGUUGUUUGCACGCAUUGACGCAUUGAUAGCUGCAGGACCAACAAAUUAAUGAUUCAUAGGUUAAUUUAAUGCAGUACUAUGUAAUUAUAUUUACUUUGUCUGCAGGGUCAUCCAAGAAAUGUAAACAAGAUAAAGUUUUGGAGAUCAUAGAGAUUGAAUGUUGUCCACGUGCUUGUUUAAAAUGUCUGUCUUAUAAAGAUAUCAGUGAAGUUAGAAAUAAAUUUAGCGCACUUGCCACCACUGUACUUGAAAGGAAUUAUAUUCUUAGCUACCUCAAGGAUAAUACGUCGAGUACAUCAAAACAAAUCCGCUCAGGGACAACCACAACUGUGUUUCAAGUCAGAGGACAACCAGUUUGCAAAGAGGCUUGGAUUCUCAUCCACGGAAUCAAUCGAAGAAGAUUCGAUCGAAUUAAUCACGACUUUAAAACUGGUUCAGAACUGUAUGUACAUGGCAAUUCUGGUCUAAAGCGACCAACAGCAAAGACAUCAGAAUGCACAGCAUGGUUGAACUUUCUUGUCAAUGCAAUUGGUGACCAACAGCCAGACAGUGGAAAAGUGCACUUGCCGUCUUGCUUUACAAAACUAGCGUUGUACAAGAAAAUGUGUGAAGAAUUUGACUCAGAUGACAAUGUGAGUCGGUCGCAGUUCUACAGCAUAUAUAAUGGUUCAGUCACGUUUCAAUUCCAAAG